AUGGCGGCUAAGGACCUAGUAUGUGGUGGUAUAAGAAGGCGAAUUGGGAAUGGGAAUUCUACCUUAAUAUGGGAGCAUCCCUGGCUGCAGGAUGAACUGGAUCCUAUUAUUCACACAGAAAUGCCACAUUACCUGUCUGGGGCCAGAGUGGAAGGAUUAAUUGAUCAAGAUACGGGCACCUGGGAUCCGCAUAUGCUAGCUGAUAUUUUCCAACCGAGUGAUAUACCCAGAAUUCAGAGUAUACCAGUUGUCCCUGAGUAUGAUGAUAUAUGGUAUUGGUAUGGUGGUCCUAAUGGAUGUUAUUCAGUCAAGAGUGGUUACAGGCGUAUAGUUGACUUUGAUGGAAUUGUUUAUGCAGUUGCAAUUUUAUACCAUCUAUGGAGGGCCCGAAACGGAGCGGUAUGGGAUGCCUGUCUACCAAGGCCAACGAAAUUAUUAACAAUUGCAGCAGCUACAAUGAGAGCAUGGAAGGAUCUCCAUCAUCGUGCCCCAUCACAGCCCCGAGCUACUGCCCACCACCCUACUGCCGAGCAGCCUCCACCGACGCCAGCUGCACCGAACGCCGACGCUACCGAAACCGCACUGCCUCCGCCGCACGCCAGCUUGCCGGAAGUCAUGCAUGGCGAGGUGAUGACGCCCGUCAAAUGCUAUAUGGACGCAAGCUAUCACCGAGGAACCAAUGCAGCAGCUGCUGGUGCGGUACUCCUCGACGCCAAUGCCGCUACAUAUCUGCUUUCAGCGCCCCAUUAA